GAGUUGGUCUGACUUCGGUGGAGACUGUUUAGCUAUAUCAGAAUUCAGAAUGAAGACGUUCGAUGCAAAUGAUCUUUAUCAGGGACAGAAUUUCAGCAAGGUUCUCAGCUCUCUAGUUGCUUUAAAUAAGGUGACUGCAGACAUAGGGCUGGGAAGUGACUCUGUGUGUGCACGGCCCUCAUCUCAUCGGAUAAAAUCUUUUGAUUCCCUUGGAUCCCAGGCUUUGCACAGUAGAACUUCAAAGCUCUUUCAGGGACAGUAUCGCAGUUUGGACAUGACAGAUAACAGCAACCAUCAGUUGGUGGUGAGAGCAAAAUUUAAUUUUCAACAGACAAAUGAAGAUGAACUUUCUUUUUCAAAAGGAGAUAUUAUUCAUGUUACAAGAGUGGAAGAAGGAGGCUGGUGGGAAGGAACUCUAAAUGGCAAAACAGGGUGGUUUCCAAGUAACUACGUACGAGAAAUAAAAUCAAAUGAAAAACCGGUCUCCCCCAAAUCAGGUACAUUGAAGAGUCCUCCUAAAGGCUUUGAUACGUCUGCAAUUAGCAAAAGCUAUUACAAUGUGGUGCUGCAAAAUAUUUUAGAAACAGAAAAUGAAUAUGCUAAGGAGCUACAGACAAUGCUGUCAAACUACCUGCGACAGUUACAAGCCAGUGAAAAGUUAAACUCAGCAAACACUUCAUACUUAAUGGGAAACCUGGAAGACAUAAGUUCUUUCCAGCAAAUGCUUGUACAGUCUUUAGAAGAAUGCACCAAGUUGCCUGAAGCUCAGCAGAGAGUUGGAGGAUGUUUUCUAAAUUUGAUGCCACAAAUGAAAAGCUUAUACCUUGCGUACUGUGCCAACCAUCCAUCAGCAGUAAAUGUUCUCACAGAACACAGUGAGGAGCUAGGAGAAUUCAUGGAGAUGAAAGGUGCCAACAGCCCUGGGAUCCUUGUAUUGACCACAGGCCUCAGCAAACCUUUUAUGCGUCUGGAUAAAUACCCCACGUUACUCAAAGAACUUGAAAGGCACAUGGAGGACUAUCAUCCGGAUCGACCAGAUAUACAAAAAUCCAUGACUGCCUUCAAAAAUCUUUCUGCACAAUGUCAAGAAGUACGGAAACGGAAAGAACUGGAACUACAAAUACUGACAGAAGCUAUCCGUUGUUGGGAGGGAGAGGACAUUAAAACACUUGGCAAUGUAAUUUAUAUGUCCCAGGUCAUGAUUCAAUGCGCUGGAAGUGAGGAAAAGAAUGAAAGGUAUCUUCUUCUCUUCCCUAACAUUUUGCUAAUGUUGUCUGCCAGCCCGAGAAUGAGUGGGUUCAUCUAUCAGGGAAAGCUGCCAAUGACAGGAAUGACUAUCACAAAGCUAGAAGACAGUGAAAAUCAUAAAAAUGCAUUUGAAAUAUCAGGAAAUAUGAUUGAAAGGAUACUAGUGUCUUGUAACAACCAACAGGAUUUGCAUGAAUGGGUGGACCACCUGCAGAAGCAAACCAAAGUCACAACUGUUGGGAAUCCCACCAUUAAACCUCACUCUGUGCCAUCUCACACGCUUCCCUCCCAUCCGGUAACACCCUCCAGCAAGCAUUCAGACAGCAAGCCAAUACCACUGACUCCCGCUUACCACACUCUCCCACAUCCAUCCCAUCACGGGACUCCGCAUACCACGAUAAAUUGGGGACCUCUGGAGCCUCCUAAAACUCCCAAGCCUUGGAGUCUGAGCUGUUUACGGCCUGCCCCUCCAUUACGGCCUUCAGCAGCUCUUUGUUAUAAAGAGGAUCUCAGUAAAAGCCCUAAAACUAUGAAAAAACUGCUUCCCAAACGCAAGCCAGAACGGAAGCCAUCAGAUGAAGAGUUUGCACUGAGAAAAAGUACAGCUGCUUUAGAAGAAGAUGCGCAAAUUCUUAAAGUCAUUGAAGCAUAUUGCACAAGUGCCAAAACACGUCAAACACUAAAUUCAACAUGGCAAGGCACUGACCUGAUGCAUAAUCACGUCUUGGCUGAUGAUGACCAAUCAAGUCUAGACUCCUUGGGUCGUCGCAGUAGUCUUUCUCGUUUGGAGCCUUCAGACCUCUCAGAAGACUCUGACUAUGACAGUAUAUGGACAGCCCAUAGUUACAGAAUGGGGUCUACAUCUCGUUCCCGUAAAGAAUCAGCUCCUCAAGUCCUGCUUCCAGAAGAAGAGAAAAUUAUUGUAGAAGAAACUAAAAGUAAUGGUCAGACUGUUAUAGAAGAGAAAAGCCUUGUUGACACGGUAUAUGCAUUAAAGGAUGAAGUACAAGAAUUAAGACAGGAUAAUAAAAAGAUGAAGAAAUCAUUGGAAGAAGAACAGAGAGCUCGCAAGGACUUGGAGAAGCUUGUUAGAAAAGUUCUAAAGAACAUGAAUGACCCAUCUUGGGAUGAAACCAACUUAUAACUAAUUUUUUUUUUCUUUUUUCUUUUUCUUUCUAUUGAAAGACCAGUUGUAAAACUGAGCUGGGAAGCCUUCUGACAUUAGUCAGUGUUGCAUCAAGAGCACUACAAAACAGGAUUUAACUGGAUCUAGGGAUUUUUUUUCUUGCUCUGAACGUAUAGAAACAGCCAAGCCAUUCACUGAAGCAAUCUAUACUUUAAGUUUGGAGACCAUGGAUCCUGAACUCUACUAAACUUAAUUUGUUUGCAUCUAAAUUACCUCAUUUUGCAGAAAGUGCAGCACCUGACUAAAAGUCCAUGUUUUUCAGUGGCUUUUUAAUUAAAUAUAUAUUUUUCUUGUAAAUAUCUGUAAUUUUGAAUGCAUAUGUGAUUGAUGUAUCAGGGCUGAUAUGUUAUUUUCUUCUCCUGUUGUUAUAAUGGUCACAAGUGUUAGAAAUGAUGGCAGUACUGUCUCACUUACGGAAGGUCAGAGUUCUUUGUGGAUAAUUAUGUUUUUGUUCCAAAUUACCUGUUGAUCACACAAGCAAAUUUAAGAAGCUGUUUUUCCUUUUGACCACUAUAUUUAAAUCCUUUUAUUUAUGCUUGUGCAUACAUUUUUAAAGAGUUUACAAUUCUUUAAAAACAGUAUUAAAUCAAAAUACAGAAAAUUGUUUUUUGACAAUAGAAAUAAUUUUUAACGAAACAAAUGCCUGUGAUUCACAUCUGUUUCCACUUAUUUGGCAGACUAAUUUGCUGUGCUUUGGCCACCAAAAGACUGAUGUACUUGCCUGCUUUUUAUGACUGUGAUUUUUAGGUGUUUAUGUACUGCAUUUUCUAUUGUUGGGCUUAAAUAUACAGCCGGCUGAUAAUUUAACGGAUCAUACAGUUUGUUAAAGCAAAAAAAAAAAAAUCAAUCUAAUCCAUUUUUUGUUAAUAAAUUGUUGCUAUUUAUUUUUUUUAUGGUCACAACAAUUAAAUUCUAGCUAACCCUUGUGCGUAAGACACAUGGGCUAGGCCAAACUGCAUUCAGAGCUCUGUUCUUAUACCACUAUAUGAUACUCUUUUUGUUUAGAAUUACCAGACUCUGGAAGCAUAGUCAGUCAUUCCUUUCCCAUCCUGUUUCCUCACUAUAUCACUGGUUUCCAUUCUACUAGAAUUUAAACAGAAACAAAUCUGGGCAUAAAGUUUUGUUCAUCAUAUUGAAAUUCAUAAUUUGCACCUCUGACAGGUUUGACAAUACAUACAGUGAAUAUCGUUGAAAACCUUUAUUGCUUAAUCUGGUAGGCACAGUUACUGCAAUCCUCUUCUGUAUUUAAAAUAGGAGACGCUACGUGCAAAUGGUGAGCUUCAGUUGGAGCACUUAACGUACUAAAUCCCUUAAAGCUCGUUGUAAAAGUUUCAUUGAUUUCAGUAAACUUUGGAUCAAGUUCCAAAGGUCCAAUUUUCUGGGGUGUUUUUCUGCAGUUAAUAGCCCAAAGUGCAAACAUAGCACAGACCAAGUCGCACCUUUGGUAGUCCUGAUUUUCUAGUGCCCUUUGACUGGUAAAUUUAAUGUUUAAACUUGAGCAAAUGAUCAUAAACUUUACGGAGUUGGAGCCUGGAUGGUGAAGAGGAUAACAAUUUUCAUGUGCAGUUUAUAUCUGAUGAAAAAUGUAUUUUUAAAGCUGUUCUUGGCUGAGAAAAGUGCAUAGUAAUUCCUGAUACAAAAAUCUUUUUUCUAUUGUUUGCAGUUGCACAAAAAUGUGAACAGACAUAUGUAAUUAUCCUCAUAUUUAGAAAACACAGUUGUUAAAAGCUAAGUGAUACUAAACACUGCAAAUGCAUUGCAUAUUGGCUAAAUUUAGAUUUGGGAGUGCUAGUAUAAUUAGAAUUUUGCAAACAUGUUUUUACUUUCUAUAUUUCAGUGUGAAUUUUAAUUUUCCAUUGAGCAUAUGUGAAAGGACAUUCCAGAGGAAGAAGUACAAAAAAAAAAAAAAGGAAAACAUUAAGCUUAGCAGUAUUUAGCAAAUUUUAACUCAGGAACAACUUCCAUCAUUACAUGAUUUUAUUUUACAUUAUGUUGUGAAGAGUAGCAUUGCUGUGUAAAUUUGCUGACACUUAAGUAUCUGUGGUUAUUUUUACUUCUGACAGUACCCUUAUACUGAUGUCUAAUGAACAUGCCUUAAACAUUGGGAUUAAACAGUUGUUAAAUAUGACCAGGAUUUAGGGACUGAUUUUGGUCAAAGUGGAUUGGGAUGAUGAAGCUUUUUUUUUUUUUUUUUUUUAACAAAAUAAAAAAAAAAGUUAAUACUUUGUGUAGCUUUUGUCCUUAGCUCUAGUGCAGAGAGCGAGAUUCAGGCUUUUGGGAACCAAGGAAUAUCUGAACUUUUUUUCUUUUACAAUUUGUUAUACUGUAUAUAGAUUGUAAAUUUCACCGCGUGACCUUCUGAAUUGUUGGGAACUUUAUAUAAGCAUGGAUAAAUGGGGCACUGUUUAUUUAACCUAUUAAAGGGUUAUUUCUUUGCUCUCAUCGUUUAGGGAUGAGGAGGUGAAGCCAUUUCUUAUCCUGUAGAUGUGAAGCACUUUCAGUUCUAAACUGUCCAAAAUGUAGCAUAACAUUUCUCUGUACUUAUUGAUGUAUGCUUGUUUGUCUCACCAUGUCAUGACAUCUUAAAGAUUAAACAACUGACUGCCUUUGUAUAAACCUUCUUAAUGCCAAUCAUUUAGGGAAUAUAGGGUGUCUGUUUACAGUAACUGUGGAGAACUCAAGUUUAGUUUAGAUGUCACAAUAUCCUGAUAUCGACUACUAAAGUGUUUAUGCUGCAUUGUUGUAAUUAAACCAUGAUUUUUUUCCCCCUA